CGUCAUCACUCCGCGACACGUCAACACUCAGCUCGUCGCUCGUAACGCCGUGCAACUCGGCGAAUAGUGACGAUAAAACUUUCUACAGAUUAAAGAAUAUUUUGAGGCAUCUUUUAAUAAAGUGUUGCCGACAUUGUCGAUUUACAACUCAUUUUAUUUUUGUUUCGUAUAUCAUUUGUUUUGAACGAAGCAGCUUAUUUGGCAUGUGCCAAAAUUCCCGGUGUUGAUUAAUUAAUUAAUUAAAUAACAAUCAUCAUCUCCGUUAUUCGUUGUAGAGACUGCCGCGCGAAGGCUCUCCCGCCGCUGCCAGGAUGAAUAAAGAAGAGCUGGUGGAGUACUUCAGGGCGCAGAUGAGGACCGACCCGGACAUGGCCUCCGCUGUGGCCGCUAUCCGCACCCUGCUGGAGUUCCUCAAGAGGGACAAAGGUGAGACCAUCCUGGGCCUGAGGGAGAGCCUGACGUGGGCCACCGACUGCCUGACCGGCGUGGACUCGUCCGUGGCCGUGUCCUCUGGAGGAGAGCUCUUCCUGCGCUUCAUAAGUCUCACGUCCCUGGAGCACGAGGAUCUGUCUCGCUGUAAGAAGGUGAUGGAGGAGAGGGGCGAACUCUUCCUCGAGAAGAUCUCCAUGUCCAGAACCAAAGUGGCUAAACUCUGUCACACCUUCAUCAAAGACGGUGCUAAAAUCCUCACUCACUCGUACUCCCGAGUCGUCCUCCGGGUGUUGGAGAAAGCCGCCGCCGAGAAGAAACGCUUCUCGGUGUACGUGACCGAGUCGCAGCCGGACUCGGCCGGGCGUCAGAUGGCGGACGCCGUGAGAAAUCUCAAAGUCCCAGUAAUCGUCGUCCUGGACGCCGCCGUCGGGUAUGUUUUGGAGAAAGUGGACCUGGUCAUCGUGGGAGCGGAGGGAGUCGUUGAGAGCGGCGGGAUCAUCAACAAGAUCGGCACCUAUCAGACGGCCGUGUGCUCCAAAGCGCACAACAAGCCGUUCUACGUCGUGGCCGAGAGUUUCAAAUUCGUCCGCCUCUACCCGCUCAACCAGCAGGACGUCCCCGACAGGUUCAAGUACAAGGCCGACACGCUGAGGAACAAGGCCAACCUGUCGGAGGAGCAUCCCAUGAUCGACUACACGCCCCCGUCCCUCAUCACCCUCCUCUUCACCGACCUGGGGGUCCUCACCCCCUCGGCCGUCAGCGACGAGCUCAUCAAGCUCUAUUUAUAACUCAAUAAACGUCUCUCACGGGGAACACAAA